AUGGCGCAAGCAAGGAUGCCUGAACUGGCCGACAUGGUCAGGAGGCAAUAUCACAGGUUCCCUUCCGAUACGUGGGAAGCUACACGGCUCGCACUCGAGAACCCAGAGCCUCACCGCCUCUUUGAACACAUUGAGACACUCAUCUCCACACGCAAGAUCGAUGCCAUCCUCCAGAACAAUGCGGACUUUCGGGGGCUCAUGGCAAGUCUGUACGGCCAACGGUAUGAGUGGCUUCGAGACGUGGAUCUCGGAGCCGCUCGUUGGGGGUUGAGACAAGAAGAGGGCGUCGAGGAUCUCGUCGCGCAAGCCAAGACAGCCGAAGAAAACAGACAGAAAUCAGAAGACCAAAAGAGAGAUCUCAUGCUCAGGAAGAUUGUCGAAGGCGGCGGUGAUCUAGAUAGGUGGCUCAAGGUUUUGGGCUUCGAGGGCGUCAGCUUCUCCCGGGCCGAGAUCGAAGCGGUUGCGGCAAAGAUGAGAACAGAGUCUGGAUCGGUGGAAGGCGAGGGCCGUCCCGGGUAUGGUGUGGGAGAAGGGAGAGAGGGCAUCGGAGGCCCGAAUCCCACUGCAUGUCUAGACGGACCCGAGGGCACCUACGGUCCUUCGACGUUCGAAGGUCAGUCAAGCCUCCUUACCGAAGAAGAGCCAGUACAGCCUGAGAUGGUACCGAGAGCCCCUACCGAGGGCGGGGAGGCACCCAGGAACCCCUUUACAACGGAGUGGCGUGCUCGUGAUAACCCCGGCGAUUGGAAGUGGCCGCAGGUCUUUGACCCUUAUUUCACCAGCAACCAAUUCAUCAGGAGGUCGAAGAAUUACAAGCGCCCUGCACGUAGCCUUCCAGUAGAUGACAAAGAUGAAGAGGAGGAAGAGAAGGAGGAUGACGAGGAUGCCUCGGCUCAGGAAGGGGAAGAGGAGAAUUCCGAGGGCGAAGUGAUGACCCCGAUACUCGAGGCGAAGGCUCUCAAAGUGAUGCGCAAAAGAGUGACAGCAAGGAUUCAAGGUCACGGGUAA